UCUCCAUCGAACUCUGCAGCGAUGGUCUCGCUUCUUGCCCUUGGCACCCUGCUGCUCGCCCUUGGGCCAGCCAGAGGCGCUCAUCUCGUUGGCUACCAUCUCGGAUGGUAUUACCAAGAACUGGCCAGCAAGCAACCCUUCCAGUACACCCAAGCCGUCACCGAUCGCUACACCCACAUCAACUAUGCCUUUGCCACCAUCGAGUAUCACGCCACUCUGGACCAGUACUAUGUCAGCUUCAUGGACGAAACCACCGAUUAUACCGACUUUGUCGGAACUCAGGACACCAGCGGCUGCAUUGCUGUCCCUGCUAACCAGCAGUGCAGCACCGGCGCCAACCCCCUCUUGGCUAUGGGCAAGUUCAUCAACGGCAACACCCCGGUGAUCUGCGGCAGCUAUGCGUAUCUGAUGAAGCAGGUCAAGAGCGCUUCGCCCAACCUCCGAUUCCUUAUCAGCAUCGGUGGUUGGACCGACUCCAACCUCUUUUCGCCUGCCACCGAAGCCAAGUACAUUGACAAGUUUGUCACCAGCAUCGUCAAGUUUGUCCAGUUCUUUGGCUUCGAUGGCGUCGACUUUGACUGGGAGUACCCUGUCUUUGAGCAUGGCGGUCAGGCCGUCACCGCCUCUUCACCUGUUCCCGGCGGCACCGUUGACUCGGUCUCGGACUGCUCUUCAAGCGGCUGUGCCUAUCCUGGACGUGUUAACGACCGUGCCAAGUUCAACAACCUGCUCUCCAAGACCCGUGCUGCCUUCAAUGCCAUCGGCAAGACUGCCAACAACGAAAACUACCUGAUCAGUAUUGCCGCCCCUGCCGGAGACGAGAGCUCCAAAAUGGAUCUCCCGACCGUCUGUGGCAUCGUGGACUAUGUCAACCUGAUGACCUACGACAUGGCUGGAUCUUGGGACUCCAACACUGGGCACCACGCUCCUCUGUAUUCAACCGGUGGCAGUCUCUCCGUCGACACUACGGUCUCGACUUACCUCUCCCAAGGCUGUCCCUCCAACAAGCUUGUUGUCGGCAUUCCGUUCUAUGGCCAUGCCUGGUUUGGCGUGGCCGAUGGCGGAACUCACGGCCUCGGUCAAGCGGGUACCUCUCCACCCGCCUCGCUCAACUGGGACUAUCACAGCAUUAUCGCAGAUACCACCUACUCGACGUACUGGGACAAUCAAGCCUACGCCAGUUUUGGAUACAGCGCGGCCGAGUCGCGGUUUGUCUCGUUCGAUGACACGGAGGCAAUCACGGGCAAAGUUCAAUACUCGAACGCCAGAAACCUCGGGGGCUUCAUGAUCUACCCCAACAACGGCGAUGACGCAUCGAACACCUUGCUGUCUGCUCUUCCGGGCCGUUACGCCGGGUGCUAUGUUGACGGUCCCACUCGCGUCCUGUCGUACUCUGCUGGGCAAUCGUCCUCGAUGACACUCCAAUCCUGUUCCAGCAUCUGCUCCAGCAACGGAUACAAACUCUUUGGAGUUGAAAACGGCAGCGAGUGCUAUUGUGGCAACAGCAUCGUCUCGGGCACUGCUGGCGGCAACGGCGGAGUCGCCGGCACCUUGGCUCCGACCAGCGACUGCAACACGCCCUGCAGUGGAAGCUCCAGCGACAUGUGUGGAGGUGGCUGGCGAAUGUCUGUCGACUUGGUUGCUGCACCUCUACAGAUUCCUGGUUGCUUCGUCGACGGUAGCAGCCGCGUCCUCUCUGGAUACAGCACGGUGAAUUCCAUGCCACUAACACAACUCCCUUCGCGAUUACAUAGGUACUAUGGCGUCGAGUAUGGAUCCGAAUGCUACUGCGGCAACUCCAUCAACUCAGGCAGUCCUGGUGGCGAUGGUGGCGUCGAAGGUGUCAAUGUUGCCACCUCGCAGUGCAACGUUGCAUGUUCUGGUGAUUCCACCCAAGCUUGUGGAGGCUCCUGGAGAGUGUGGGUUGCCCCUGUCUCCUCCACGCCUCCUCCGCCUCCCCCGCCACCUCCGCCGCCGCCGCCGCCGCCUCCUCCAACCAACAAUCCGAUUCCUGGAUGCUACAUCGACGGUUCGGCCCGAGUUUUGAAGGACUUUUCUACGCAAUCCUCCUCGAUGACGCCAGCAACCUGCAACAGCUUCUGCGCCAGCAAGGGAUCCACGUACUACGGCGUUGAAUACGGAGUGGAAUGCUACUGUGGCAGUACCAUUACUUCUGGUUCAGCCGGCGGCAACGGCGGCACCACUGGAACCAACGUCGCCUCGAGCCAGUGCAGCAUGGCUUGCUCUGGCGAUUCGACCAAGACCUGCGGCGCUGCAUGGAGAGUUUGGAUUGCCCAAGUCACUGUCGCCCCGCCUCCGACCAAUCCCGUUCCCGGCUGCUAUAUCGAUGGCUCGGCUCGUGUUUUGGCCGACUACAGCGAGGUCUCGAGCUCUAUGACUCCCGCAGUUUGCAACAGCUUCUGUUCGAGCAAAAAGUCCAAGUACUACGGCCUGGAGUACGGCUCGGAGUGCUACUGUGGCAACACCAUCACCUCUGGCUCAGCCGGCGGCAACGGCGGCACCACCGGCACCAACGUUGCCUCGAGCCAGUGCAACAUGGCUUGCUCUGGCGAUUCGACCAAGACCUGCGGUGCUGCAUGGAAAGUGUGGAUUGCAACGGUUGCAUAAGCGGUGCGCUUCGGAAAGUCUCUAUGGUGAUUGUGUUGUGAAGUAUCUAUGCGAGUAUUUUGACUCUCCGACGUUUGCGUCGGUAGUCGGUUGGUGUUACGCUAUUCAGAAAAGCAAAAUGGGACACGUCCAUACGAAAUGAACAUGUAUUCUGCGAUAGGCUGAGCCCGACAAAGCCAUAUACAAUGAAAACUGAUCACCUUGGC